UGCCACGUUAGCAGCAGUGCCACGUCAGCAACAUGACGGGCCUGCCAGGGCAACUGCCCAACGAGUCCAUUGCCGCCUACAAGCAGCGUUGCCUGGCUCAGAUUGAGGCUGAGGAACAAUGCCAGCUGGCAGCCGAGGCUGCUCGCGUACAGGCUGAAGAGGCAGCAGCAGCAGAGAAGCUGCGGCUACAGACCGAUGCAGACACAGAUUCCCAGGCUCGCCGCAAGGAAGCCCAGGAUCUGCUACAGCGGCAUGAAGCCACAAGCAUCGACAGACUCAAGUUCUGGCACUUUGAACCGAACGGCGACGAGGCAAACCCGGAAGAGCAGCACAAGGAGUUCCUCUCCAAACUCGUGACACGGUUGCUGUAUGCUUGCACCUACCAACGGUCAGAGUUGGAGAGACAGUGCCAGGACCUGACGCAACAGCAUCAGGAGUUGGCAACGCUCCGCCGCAAUGUGCAGAGCCACGAGGAUGCAACUCGGGCACUCAAUGCCCGAUUGUUGGACGUGGAACAGGCUGUACCAGGACCAACUGCUGGAGUUUCCAGCAGUGCACCCUCAAGCCGCCAACUGGAGGACCGCGUUGACCACGUAGUGGCAAUGCUCGGCGACAUCAGCACUUUCGCUGCGCCGACCACCACCAUCAGCAGUCAGCUGCAUACAUUGAAGACCGAGGUCCAGAACCUGCAGUCGACGAACGCGGACGACAAUCCGAAGAUGUACAAGAUGCCAACUUUCAACCUGGAGAGGUUCGACGACUACACGCAGCAGGAUCCCGUCCUCUGGUGGGAAGCAUUCACAACGCAACUCAGGAUUUUGCCCGUAGCCAAGCAUGCGUACAUCGGCACCCUGUUCCUGAACUCAAAGGGCGGAUGCCAGACCUGGUUGAGCCACCUGGCAACCUCCCACGGCGUCGACGUACCAGACUUGAAGGACGUAAUCACAUGGGAGGAACUGACACGGCUGUGGAAGAAGCGGUUCAUCGUCGACGACACGCCAGCACUCGCCAUCAACCGAUUGUUCACCAUGUCACAGGGCAACACAGGAACACGGGACUGGCUCACGGAGUGGCAGAAGAUUGCGGCUGUGCCCAAUCCGAACUUACCAUUCGAACAUCUACGCCGUGAGUUCUACAACAGGUCCUGUGCUGCAUUGAGCCAGGCUCUUGGUGAUCGCGAGCAGUACUCAACCUUCGCGGAGAUUAUUGACAAAGCGAGGGAGAUCAUCAAGACCAACAGGUCAGCUGCACACGAGAAAUCAACAUCAUGGCAGCCGACCUAUGUGGAGAAGGACAGUGGGGAUAACCCAGCAGCCACUCCAGCAUCAAGUGACGGAGAUCAGGUGGCUGCUGUCCAGCCGCGAAGCACCAACAAGUCCCGCAACAAUGGGAAGGCGAAAUCCGCAUCGCAGGCCGGAAAUGGACAGCCAGGACAGUUUCCAUGGGUCAAGUUUGGCUUGACCGAGGGGGAGUACAAGGUCCGUGGCCGCUACAGCAACUGCUAUUGGUGCAACAGCACCAAGCACAAGACCUCCCUGUGCCAAGAUCAGGGCAAGGAGGAUAUGCGACCCCGCCUCAGCUCGGGAAACUGAGCUCCGCGGAAG